UUCGGGUUUUUCAUUAUAACUUACUGAAUCGAUGUGUAUAUUAACUUUGCCUUAGUUGUAAAUUUGUAAAAUUUCAUGCUAUAUUUGGCAAAAAAAGUCCCCCGAAGUCGUGAGGCUGUUUUCACUGAGAACUGAACCUUUUGCGAUCCGGGAAAUGGGAACUUCAUUUGAAAUUCGGCAUCCAUCUUGAUUUUCUGAAACCAUUCGUAAAAUCAUUAGGGUGCGCAAGUUCGUCUUUUCCCUACACUAACAGAUCACAAGUAAGUGUGGACAGUUGAGACAGUCAGGAGAUAGCCUGACAGAGAAGACAUCUAGACCGUCUGUUUGCCUUAAGUCACAAUGUCUACAAAGGAGGAAGAAGUGGAGCCUGUCAAGAGUGAAGAAAAGUCGCCCCAGAAAACAGGUGUACAGAAUACAGCACCUCCUCAAGGUGAUGAUCCUUCCAAAACUCCUCCUAGAGCAGAAAGAUCGAUGUCGCCAAGAAGAUCAGCUCGCGGUUCUCCUAGGGGUCGGUCACCACGGAGGUCACCAAAAGGACGGUUAGAGGAGAAUGAGAUUGAGAUCAGGGUUGAGGUCCAUGAUGAUGACAGCCAUCAAAUGAAUGAGAGCGAAGAAGAGGAAGAGUUUGGUCAGUCGAGAGAGCUUGAGGAGCUCAUCAGGAAGAGAUCAGAGGAGGGCUUUUAUAUGGAUGAUGAGGAGGAGGAGUUGGAGGAAGAGGAAGAUGAAGAUGAUAUGGUAGAAGAUGAAGUUAAAGAGCCUGGUGGAGAUGAGGAUGGAUUGAAGGAAGGUGAGGAGGAAAAUACUAGGGAAGAAGUGGAGGAAGAGGAAGAUGAGGAGAAGGCAGCCAGUGAGGAAGCAGGAGAGAAAGGGGAAGAUAUGCAAGAGGGAGACAUGGAUCUGGUGGAUGAAGAUAAAUCUGAUGAUGAGGUGUUAGAUAAGAAACAAGGGAUUGUGAAGGGAAGAGGCAGGCCGAAAAGGGCAUCUAAGGGUGAUGUUGAAGAAACUAUUUCCAAGUUAGGGAAAAUGAAGACCAAGAGUCCAGUGAAGAAAUUCGUUUGGGGUGAUGAUGAAGAUGAAGUGGUAUCAGUGGAAAAGACUGCAAAAGGGAAGACAGCGAAAAAAAACAAGUCUGCACCGAUAAAGAUUGUAAAGAAAGGCAAAGCAGCUGCUGCCAAAGAGUCAAAGGUAGCUGCAGACAAAAAUGCUAAAGCGUCAAAAGCAGCCUCAUCUAAAAGUAAAGGGCCAACAGCCAGGGGUAGUGCCAAGCCAUCUGGUGCCAAAUCAGCUGUAGCUAAGCAGUCAGCUGCUAAACCAACACAAGCUAAGCAGUCUGCUGCUAAACCAACACAAGCUAAGCAGUCUGCUGCCAAAUCAUCUAAACCUGCUCCAAAACCCAAAUCAACUCCAAAGAAAAGAGGGCGUAAACCUGUUUCCCAGUCAGAUGUUGCCUUGGUCGUUAUAGAUACCUCUAAAGAAAAUGAAGAGAUAGAGGAAAAAGAGGAAAAUGGAGAGGAAAAGCCUGACACUGAUUUGGAUUAUACUGUGCAAGUGAAUGAAGCUGAUGAGUUAGAUGAGGAUGAUGAAGAAGAUGACGAAGGUCCCCCAGUGUUGGAACCAAUGGUGACAAAGUCCACUGGGAAGAAGAUACAAGCUGCUAAUGUGGAAUCUGGUGGCAUACAACCAAGGACUGCCCUGCAAAUGAAAAGUAUUCAGGUACGUGAGAAGGCUAAAGAACAAGUACCAAAAGGACAUGAAAAACCCAAAGAACAAGUAUCAAAGAAAAACAUAGUAAUGUCUGAGAAUGAAGAGGAACCAGUGUCAAAGGAUCCUUACCUCUUUGAAGAAAUGAACAAGACAGGUUCUGACCAGCCAAUCAAAGUGUCGAAAGGAAAGAAACGUGACUCAUUAAUUCCUUCUGGAAAAAUCAAGGUCUACAAAUGUGAAUACUGUGACAAGGGUUUUAUUAAGUUUCAAGGUCUUGUUAAACAUAGGCGGGUGCACACAGGCGAGAGGCCUUAUAAAUGUGAGACCUGUGGCAAGGGCUUUACACAAUCCCAAAAUCUUAUCAUCCAUCGUAGAAUCCACACUGGUGAGCGUCCAUAUAAAUGUACACUCUGUGGAAAGACAUUCUCCCAGCUUAAUAGUGUCAUCAACCACACACGGGGCCACACUGGAGAGAAGCCUUAUGCCUGUCCACUUUGUGAUCGCUGCUUCCCUAACUCCACUGAUGUUAAGCGACACAUGAGAGUGCACACUGGAGAAAAGCCCUACAAAUGCAGCCACUGUGACAAAGCAUUUGCCAAAUCGUUCGAUGUGAAGAGACAUGAGCGCACCCACACCGGUGACAAGCCUCAUAAAUGUCAGCUGUGUGGCCGAGGUUUUGCCCAGUCAGCUAACAUGCUGAGACAUGUGAGAACCCAUGUGUUGAAGUGUGAGACAUGUGACAUGGUCUUCACCCUGCACGAGGAGCUGUUGGAGCAUGUGAAGACUCAUGGCGAGACCAUGCCCUACAACUGCAACCAGUGUGAUAGAGGAUUCAUGAGACUACAACACUUGAAGACCCACAUCAAGAAACAUUCGAACACCAAAGAAUUCUCAUGUGACGAGAGCGGGAAGAGUUUCAGUAAGAAGCAGAAUCUGGUGAAGCAUCUCCAGAAUCAUUCAGAUGACAAGCCCUUUGACUGUCAAGUGUGUGGGAAGAGUUUCUCUAGUGUACAGAACCUGAAGGCCCACAUACGCAUCCACACCGGGGACAAGAUGUUCACAUGCAGUGUGUGUAAAAAGGAGUUUGUGAAGAAGGCAGAUUUAGUACGACAUGAGCGUGUCCAUUCUGGGGAGAAACCAUUUGUGUGUGUUAUCUGUGAAAUGGCCUUUUCCCAGUCCCACCACCUCAAGAAGCAUUACACCAAGCAUAAUCUGGAGGAGUUGGAAGGAGUGGACACUUCUCUGCUGGAAGACUCUCAAAAUGGGGCUGUGGUUGUCGUAGCUGCUCAAGGAGGGGAGAUGGAGAAAAUGACGAUAGUCAAGGCUACAGAAGGAGCUGAAGAAGAAGAAGAGGAGGAAGAAGAAGAAGAAGAGGAGGAGGAGGAGGAAGUGGUGACACCAAGCCCAGUGAAGAAAGGGAAGAAAGCUAAGCCAGCUGAAGUGGAAAAAGCCAAUAAUAAGAAAGGUAGAGCUUCAUCACGUUUAAAAACAACAAAGAAACCUGCAGGUAAGAAGCUUGAGGUUAAGCUUGCUGAAGUUUCCAAGAAGAGAAAGCAGAGUAAUGACAGUGGGAAGGCUGAAGUACCACAGAAGAAGGUGAGAGGAAGACCUAAAGAAGUCAGUGCAGAGGCAGAGAAUGGCGUAGAGGCAAUGGAUGUGGAAGCUGAUGCUGGGAAUUCUGUAGAGGCUGAGGAGGAAGUUGUAGAGACCCCUACAAAACCCAAGCUGAAGAAAGGUGGCAUAGUUAAAGGAAAAGCUAAAAUCAACCAGGCUGCUAAAAAUGAAGCUGUAAAAAGUCAUUUUGCUAAAAACCUGGCUUUGCGGCGAAUAUCCACUGAAAGUGAAACUCAGACUGCAACUCCAUCUAAAGACUCUGUUGAAACCCAGACCUUUGGAACUCAGACUGGACGGAAGGAUGAUUUGAAAGGGGUGCGUAUCCUCACAGCCACACCAAGAUCUAUUUGUGGGGAUGAAGUUGAAUGAAGGAUUUGCCAGUAACUGUGGAUAUGACAUUGACAUACAUAGGAAUACAUACCCAAGUACAAUUCUCUCUGAAGUUGUAUAAAACAUUGUGGAAAGUCAUUCAAACCAGUGCUGAAGUCUGCAUCCAGGGAUGCCAGAUUGAAUUUACCCACAUGAAAUCAUCUUGAAACUCUGUACCCUGUAUGAUAUGUGGUGUGUUAAUGUCAAGGAGAGCUGACUCUUCUAAACUUUUGUCCAAAUGUGAGAUUCUGAAGAUGGAGUGAAUGUAUUUUAGAAGUAUGCUGUACAGAAGAUGUGUUUUUCAGUAGUCAUAUAUGUGUUUGAUUCAAACCUGACUUUAUAGGGACAAUCGUGAGUGGCAGUAUUUGGUUAUUGUCUUUGGAAAUCUAUGAACAAUUCAACUAUCCUUCAAAUAAUUCCAGAUGACCUAAGCUGUUUUUGUUUUGAAAUUUUAUCAUUUCCUGUUUCUGUACAUGUAUUUCGGUUAUGUGUCAUAAUUUUGAGGGCAGUUUAAUUGUAAAUGGCAGUUUGAUUUUAUGUUUUUAUCUCCAUGUUAUUGAACGUUUGUGAAUAAUCUGCAUUAUGAUAGUUUUAGUCCUUUACUGACAUCUUGUGUGAGAUAUCCUGGACGAGAUGUUUUGCUGUAUUUGUCAGCAACUUUGUUUGAUUUAGGCAUGUGCAUACCUGUCACAUAUAUCAUAAUCAUGGCGAUACACUUGAAAAGUAGGUCCCAUUCUAUCAAGCAAGCAAGCUGACAUCUCAAAAUAUUUAUUGAUUUGAAUUAAAACUCUAGGAACUUGCACACAUGAACUGAUGAACUGUUGCAUUUUGGGAUACAUGAAUUUUCAGAUUAUGAAUACUACAAAUCCAGCAUUGACUGAGGUGUGUGUGGUCAAAGGGAGAUAACUCACCAGAGUUACAUGUAUGUUUACGAUGUACAAGUUUUCUGUCCAUAUCAAUUCCAUGUGUACCUCUUUAUGGGCAAGUUGUUCUGAACAAUCCCAGUCAUUUUGAGGUCUUUGAAUAUCAAGAAUGUUCAAGAAUGUGUUAAGAAGAAGAAAUCUUACUCUUAUUUUUUGGUAAACUUACCAUUUUUAUCUUGUGAGUAGAAAGUGGUCCACUGUGGCAAUAUAAUGUGUGGUUUAAGUGCCUUUUUGCAUCCCAUUAACACCAAUUAGAUACAUUAUUAUAGAUGUGGUGGAAGAAAUAUUUUGAUUUGUGAAAUUGUCAUGUAUGUUUUGUCAUAACUAUUAUUGAAGUGUUAAAUUCAUGCUUCUAAUAAGAAGAGUAAACUAAUUUCAGCAAUGACAUUGAUCAUGGCCUUAGAUUGUGAGCCAUGUCCGCUUUAUAUAUUGAUGCUUCACUCUCCCAGGAUCUUGCUGAACCUUUCAUGUGGAUUUCAUAUUUAUCAGUUUUUUUAAACAUAAACCGAGCACUUUUGCAUGGUUUUUUUAUACAAAUUAUUGAAACUUGUGAAUAUAAUGUUAUCUGAAAUCUUAUUCAUUUUACCUGUGUGUACAAUUUUAUCUCCAUAUAACUUGCUCUCUGACAUGUGAUGGAUCAUCUGCUCCAGUGAAUGUAUAUAAAUUAUUUUCCUGGACCACCAUGUCAGUGGCAGGUAACCCCAUGAUGGAACAUCACGUGUUGACAGGACUCAUUUAAUGCCGCACACAGCAGUAUUCCAGCUAUAUGACGGUGGUCUGUAAAUAAUCAAGUCCGGACUAGACAAUCCAGUGAUCAACAUGAGCAUCGAUCUACACAAUUAAGAGUCAUUAGUAUUCUAAUCAAGUAAGGAUGUGUUGCCAAGUAUUUGUGACUCCAACUGUAGGGUAAGUUGUCACACUGUCCUAGUUCAGUCAUCGUCCUGUGUAGGCUGAGGCUUGGCCAGUGUUUUUCAGCCAGCUGGUUAUAAUGUUGAAGUCCUCAUGUGCAGAGCUGACCUCAGUUCUGUACAUGAGUAAUAUAAGUAAAGCCCACUUUACGUGCUCAUAGUUGUUUUAGGAUUUGCAUAUUACAUAGAAGGAAAUAACACUCUCUCACUCCCUUACUCGCUCAUCCAUGUUGUGGUUUUCUAUGCCUAUGUUAGUAAGGAGGAAAUGUGUGACAGAACAUCCCGUGUAGACAUAAGAACAAUUUGAGACGACUUUUCAAUACUUCAUUAUUCUAUUCUCACUCUUGAUGAUAAGUACCUUUGGGCCAAAUUGCUUUGAAAAUGAUGUCAUUCCACUAUUAAUGUAGUUUGAUGGCUAUAGUUAGUAUCAAAUCAAUCAUGUUGAGCUCCAGCCUGUGGUUGCAAGGUAGUUAAGAUUACAGAAUACAUGGAUGAUCGAGGAUGAUACAAGGCAAACAUUGGUCUGGCCAAGAUGUCCAUAGUUAAUAUAGGUGUACCCCUCGACACACUAUGCUUGUGAGUCAGGCAGGAUGAUACAAGGCAAACAUUGGUCUGGCCAAGAUGUCCAUAGUUAAUAUAGGCGUACCCCACCACACACUAUGCUUGUGAGUCUGGCAGGAUGAUACAAGGCAAACAUUGGUCUGGCCAAGAUGUCCAUAGUUAAUAUAGGUGUACCCCUCCACACACUAUGCUUGGGAGUCCGGCAGGAUGAUGCUGGAAUAAUUGUAACAUACAGGAUACAUCAUUGUGUACUUUAGGAAAACCUACUGUCUAUUGUUAAUAUAGUCAGCAUAGUGCUGACAGUUAAGCAAUAAUAUGAUGAAUUCAGUUUCUUUACAUGUUCUUAAUAACAAGGUAACAUGAAUUCAUUUAUCCAACAUUUUCAACCUUUCAUAUUUUCAAAUUCUUUAUCGCCUUAUUGUAUGAAUUUUUGCACAACAUUUGUACAUAAUAUGCAUUUUGAUAUGCCUUAUAAUAUGUGGUAUUGUAAACAGAUGGUAAAAGUGUAAAUAUGAUGUGCUGUCUAAAUGAAAUGCUUCUAGACUUCUGCUUUGAUGUAAUCAGUCUAGAUAAAUCACAAAUAAGAAUUUAUUUUCUGGGAGCUGACUACUGUUGAAACUUUGGCUUUUGAAAUAAUUCAGAAAAGAUGUUCAACUUGUAACCAUGGCAGGUCUCUCGCUGUUGACUGCUUCACAUUUUCAAUACUGCCACAUCCCUUACAUGCAGACAGAAAUGUGAAUCAGAUUACAGAAAGUGUUUCUUGUAUUAGCCGAGCAAACCUAUUUGUGUUAUUGGGGUGUACUGAACUUGGGUUUCAAGUUAAAGAGAGAUUAGAGUAGCAUCCCCUUGCUGUGUCAGGAUCAGUUUCCUCAGGUUUAGAGAUGCAUCUUGAUUAUGAUGCUGGAAUUCCAACCACAUUUAACUGAACGCCAGGAUGUAACUGAAAGAUUCUUCAAAAUGUUGUUUAGUGUCCACUUUUCUUAGGAUACCCUCAUUACGAUUUAAAUGUAAUGCUGUUUUUAGUGAUGUGUUAAAUCUAACUUCCCAUUCUAACUUCAACCAAACUUAGUGUUAAGCUUAUUACCACUGUAUGUUUCAAAGAGAAAAGACAAAUUGCCUGACACUACCAAAACAGAUCAGCUUGAUCUGAUCCCGACUCAUUAUGUUCAGAAAUUCAAUAUAGAUGUGCUCAGAGGCU